AUGGCAAAGCGAAAACGAGGCGCUCAGGAAGUCCCUUCCUCGACUGCACCGGCAACACCAGCUGCCAGUGUCUUGCUACCACAGAAAAAAUACUAUCGACAACGGGCCCAUGCCAAUCCGUUUUCAGACCACUCGCUCGACUAUCCCUCAGCGCCUGAUCAAAUCGACUGGGGCCAGCACUACCCUGCUUAUGCUGGCACAGGAAAGACACCCGACUUUGCUGAUGUCGGAUGUGGUUUUGGUGGCUUGUUGAUCGCUCUCGCUCCCCAGUUUCCCGACACUUUGAUGCUCGGCCUGGAGAUCCGAGUUCAAGUGUCGCAGUAUGUCCAAGACCGCAUCAACGCACUUCGAGUCGCAGCUGUAGCCGAAUCGACGACCGACACUCCGCCCCACCACUACCAAAAUGUCUCCAUCGUCCGCGCGAACGCUAUGAAGUUUUUACCCAAUUACUUUGGCAAGCAUUCGCUUGAGGCGUUGUUUUUCUUGUUCCCGGACCCGCAUUUCAAGUCGAGGAAGCACAAGGCGAGGAUUAUUUCCCCGACGCUGUUGGCCGAGUAUGCGUAUGUGUUGAAGCCUGGUGGGAUUGUGUAUACCAUUACGGAUGUGAGGGACUUGCAUGAGUGGAUGAAGAAGCAUUUGGAAGAAUUUCCGCUGUUUGAGCCGGUUGAUGAGGAGACGUUGAGGAAAGAGGGCAAGGGUGGUAUUUUGGAUGCUGUGUAUCAUAAAGGGUUGAGGUGCGUAGAUAGCUAA